AUGGAGCCGCUGCGGUUAAAGCCCAGACAGCCAGUGGAGGAGGUAGAGAACUGGGACGAUGAAGACUUUAUUGUAGACGGCGAUGAGUUGAGCCUACGGCCUACGAGCACCGCUGUCACUACCAAUGCACAACCACGUCGACGCGAUUCCACUUCGUCCCACAUUUCGCUGCGCUCCGAUCUGGACUCUUUGCAUGGGGAGGAACAACACGUCCACCUCCCAGCCGACGAUGAGCGAUCUACCAUGGCUGCCAUAGCCGCCGCCGAGAGGGCUGGAAUUCCCCUGCCCAAGAAUGUGCCGUCGUCUGCACUGACUGGAGGCACGAUCAAGAGGCUGGGUGGGAAGAAGGGCCGCCGGAUUAUUGACGAAGACUGGGAAAACGACCUAGAUCUGCCCGAAGGGCACCAAAGCUUCCAAAUGAAGCCUCGAACCCAGGCCGACUUCCCCGAGACUCUGCGCAAGGUCAGCGCGGGCUCGAUGCAGAGCUCAAUGCAGAAUAGCCCCAAGAAGGCACCAAAGUCCGCAAGGGAUAGCCGAAGAAGCUCCAUCAUGUCAACCUCGAGCGUCCUAUCGGCCGCGCUCAGCCUGGACAAGUUUAGGGACACGGAAGACGAAGACGACGACUUCUUUGGCGAUGGCCUUGACACAAUCAAAGUCUCCAAGAGCCGACCACCUCGGCUGAUGCCCUUUGUCACGCCCCCAACCCCCGUUGCGCCUGAGCUGUCAAUAGAGCCGCUAGACGAUGACUUUGAAAGAGAUCUGGAGCUGCCAUCUGACGGCAAACUGAAGCUGUCUGCUAGAAGAGACAUUCCCAAGGCGCCGUUUUCACUAUCAGAGGAUAUAGACUGGGGCGAGGGCAGCAGCCUUGGCACUAGAUAUGGAGGCACUCGACGAGAUGCAAGGUCGACUAGGAGUUCGUCGGUCUCGGCUAUGAGCCCCAGUCUCUCCAGCACGUUCACGGUGGAGAGCGAAGACGAAACAUUCGACGGCCUUGUACUACCUCCCGGCCAUCUCAAUUUCCAAGAGAGACUGCACCUGCGCAAGACCAACCCACCGCCGGAAGAUAUCCCCGAGGAGCCACCUGCCGAAGCGGCAUCCCCCCCAAAGAAGAGAUUCCCUGCCGCAGAAGUGGAGCAGCAAGACUUCUUGGAGGGGCUUGACAUUGGCGACGGUAAUGUGUUUGACUCUGGGAAACUCACAAUGCAUCGGAAUAUCAAGAUCAAGGAUAGUCGCCUGACGAACCCAGCCAGGCCAAAGGCGGCUGUGUCGUUGACAUUCAGCAACAAGCCUGUGCCGCCACAAACGAGGAUCCCGCGUCUCAACCACGAGAGAUCCCAUUCUACGGCUCUAGAGCCCGUGUCAGAGAGUGGUGGCCCGAUCACACAUCGGGUUCGCCGACCACAAUCUCGUGUUGGCCAUUCCAAUCAACUAUCGGUCACAAGUCUGCCAACGCCUACCACAUCUACCUUUUCUGCUGCCCCAGCUCCUCGCAGGGCGGAACUGUCCCGACCUCCCUUUUCUGUUAGGAACGAGCCACCUACGACAAAUGCCCAACUGCUCAGGCAGAAGCGGUCUCUGGCGGCUGUUCGAGCUCGAAACCCUCCUGCUGCUAAACCUCUGGCAGCACGGCUAGAGAGACCAUCUUCACGUACAGAGACCCGGCCCAAGACGCCGCAAGAACGACAACAGGCUAUCAGCCACGGGAGCCCUGGGCAGCGGAAGAGCUCGAUACCCUUUCUUCCCGCAGGGGCUUCUCACCUGCAGUCGCAGCACGCUGCUUCCAAAACUGUGCGAGGGUUGCGUCGCUUUGAUUCCGACACCACAAUCGAAACACGCCCUACAUCCAGGGCAUUGGCAAGGCCAGGCCUGCGAUCGCCCAGUCCACACCGUUACAAAGUGGCCGCUGAUACGUGGGAACGCCUAAGCAGACCAAAGGGUAAACGGCACUUUGGUGAUGGCCAUGAACUGGAUGCCUUUGAUGACCUACCGACUUCAAAGGAGACGGAGAGUCGAUUUUUGAAACAGCCUUCUGCCGGCAACCCUAACAAACGGAGAGCAUACCAGGUGCCGCCGCCAUCACAACCUCCUGCGCAGGUGGAUAGAAACAAAACGCCCUCUCCAUGGAAGGCGGCACCAGGGCCGGCGAUGCGAGGCGCAUAUACCCCCAGCUUUGCACGAGACACUGCGGCCAGCCGCAUUGCGCGCGAGACAGCUCUAGCCCAUCGGACGCCAAGCGGCGGCCCGUUGGCUUCAGUGUCUGCUCAACGAGCACCGACGAGAAGCAAUACUCAGCAGCCGUCCCAUCUGGCGCAGCCGACCAACCGAAUCAGAAGACCGAAACGACCCCAGCAACUGAAACCACACCUUAUCGCGAACUUGAACGGCGGUAAGGAGUCAAAAGUCGUCAAAGGCAUGUUUUACAACGCCGAGACGUAUUGCUGGGAAGGAAACGAGAAUGCUCUCAAUGCGUUUGACGGAUCGAACUCGACGCCGUCCUCGAAUUCCGUCCCUCCGCACCUGGUUCGAGAUAAAGAAGCCUCAGCACCUCGACCGGCUCUCAUCACCAACAUCAGCGGCACUAAAGGUGUGCAAGUGGUUGGUGGUAUGGUAUUCGAUCCUCAAAACAUGUGCUGGCUCAAACUCGGCCCUCAGAAUAUGACGGCAUCCGAGGCUACCGACAGCCUGGAUAACUUCACCGGCUUCGAAGAGGAAGAGGAUGUCUUCAAAGAUAUUCCGGAUCUUGAAGACACGACGGUCACUGACGCACAGGAGGGUGGUCAAGCCAGUGACAUUAAGGAUGACUGGCUGGUGGGCGAAGAAUUCGACGUCGGCCCUGAAUUCAUCCGAAGGCAGCGUGAAGAAGAGGAGAGGUGGCGGAAGAAGUGUGAGAAGUGGACGAACCACAGCCCUCGAGACCGAGAUGCUUGGCGAUGGACUAUUCGCGAGCUCGUGUCCCAAUUUGACGACUUUGCGGUGCCGAGUGUAGCUAGGUAA